AUGAACGUGCAGCCCAUCCAGGCGAUCGAGGAGGUCAACAUGUUCAAGGAGGACGGGAAUGUGAUACAUUUCGCGGCCCCGAAGGUCCACGCAUCGGUCCCCUCCAACACAUUCGCCAUCUACGGCAACGGCGAGGACAAGGAACUGACGGAACUGGUGCCGGGCAUCCUCAAUCAGCUCGGCCCGGACAGCCUCGCGUCGUUACGCCGUCUCGCCGAGUCGUACCAGUCGCUGCAGAAGAAGGAAGGCGAAGGCAAGGAAGGCGAGAAGAAGGAAGGCGGCGGCGACGACGAUGACGACGACGAGAUCCCCGAUUUGGUCGAGGGCGAGAACUUCGAAGGCAAGGUCGAGUAG